AUGCAGUCUAUGCUUAUGCACUGCCUCAAACCAAACGCAAGGGUGGCGGCCAUGGAGGAUAGAGAGUACCAAAUGGAUCGACUUGAUUUUGUUAGAAAUCAGCUGAACUUGCUUAUUGAGGAGAUAAAAAAGAAGAUUAAAGCCAUCAGUGAAGAUGUUGAAUCAAAGGUUGUCCGCAGCAUGGUGGAUCUCUGGGGCAGGACAGAAGGAAAGCUGGCUUGGUGUAAAGCCAGCAGUGGAGCUCCAUGGGGAAGCCUCCGGUGGAGAACUUCCUGGCCCGUGAUUUAG